AUAAUCUCCAUCAUGUCGUGGCAGAAGGAUGUUACUGGUUUUCGAGAUGCUGUUAGAGACAUUCAUACCAUCCCCAGGGCAAUUCUUUGCAAUCCAAACGCGAAGGUGGAGUUGAAUCUGGAGGGCUUUCAUCGCGGCGAGCCAACAACUCAACAACCACUAAUUCCACACCAAGGAGUUCGAAAUAGCUGGAGUCGUCAGGGUUGGAUAGCUCAUGAGAAACUUGCCACACCUCCGGGGAAACUUCCGGCUAACUUUGAGGGCCUAUUUCAAAAUGAUGCUGCCGUUGGAAAUCGUAAGACUAGGAAACAGCAAAGGCAACAAAUGCAAAAGCAAAGACAGGGUCAGAUGCAGAAUAUGGAAAAUUCGAAAGUUGCGAAAAUCCAAUUAAACACUGAGAAUGAUAAAGAACGCAAACAACAACGUAAAAAGGCGCGGAAAGAGAUGCUGGCAAAAAUGACCCCUCAACAGCGAGAAGCUUGGAAGUCACGCAGAAAAGCUCGCAGAGCUCAACGUCAGAUGUUGAGAGGUAGUCAGCGGGGUUUGCGUAAAAACAACGACCCAACAAAUGGAUCACAUGUAUCACCUCUUUAA